AUGGAAGGUGUAAUUUAUGAAACACUGAUAAAAGAUUAUGGUGAAAUAGAAAAAACAGGAACAUCUAUUAUUGAAUUUCUAUUAAUACUAUCAAUUAAUGGUGUUUAUAUUGCAAGAGAACAACUCUUUAAUUAUUUCAUUUAUUGUAAAAAACUUUAUAGUAACCAACCAACACAAAAAACAAAAAAUGAUUUAGAUUCACAAUUUUUAUAUGGUUUGAAUUAUAACCAAUACCUAAUAUUAUCAACAUUUAUUGAAAAACUAAGUAAUAUUAACUCAAAUAAAAUGCAAAUAAUAUAUAAUCAUCAAAAAAAUAAUAUAAACCAACCAACCACAAGAUUUGACUCUGCAAUGUUUUUAAUAAUUGAAAAUAAUAAAAAUCAUCAUCAUCAUAUUUCAAAUUCACUUUUAAUUAAUAAUAAUAAUGAUAAUGAUAAUAAUAAUAAUAAUAAUAAUAAUAAUAAUAAUAAUAAUAAUAAUAAUAAUAAUAAUAAUAAUAAUAAAAAUAAUAAAUUGAUAGAAAUUAAAAAUAUUGAAGAUGGUUUUUUAAAAGUUUGGAGAAAUUUAAUUAUUAGAAAUGAAAUUUUAAUAUAUUUAAGAAUAUUUAAAAAUUUUUCAAAUAAAAGAAUUGUUAUAAAUUCAAAUGAUAUUAAAAAUUUUAAAUAUAGAAAUUAUUUAAAUUCAGUUGUAUUAUAUUUAAAUAAUACUGGAUUUGAUGGUGAUAUAUUACCUUUAAAUAUUACAAAUUUAGAGAUUAUGAAUAAUGGUUUAAAUGGUUUAAUUAUAUUAAAAGAGAAUUGUAUACCAAAAUCAGUGAAAUCAUUAAGAUUCAAUUGUUUUUUAGAUAAUUCAAUACCAUUAAAAAACAUAUUUAAUUUGAAUUCUAUAACAUCACUUGAGUUUAUACAAAACUUUAAUAUAUCAUUAGGUGAUUGGUUACCAAAAUCAUUAAAACAUUUAAUGCUUGGAAGUAGUUUUAAUAAGAGAAUAGAGUUUGGUCAAUUACCAAAUUCAUUAACAUCAUUAAUAUUUAAAAAUGAUUGUAAUUGUUUAAUUUCGCCAGGAUCAAUACCAAAUUCAGUUAAAACUUUGAAUUAUUCAUAUAAAGGUUUGAAAUCAGUUAAUGAAAAAAUUCCAAAUUCAACCACAACUUUAGAGUUUAUAAAUGAUUUUGAAAUUUCAAUUAGACCUGGUUUAAUACCAAGAAAUGUGUCAACCAUUGUAUUCGAUUAUAAAUUUAAAGGUAAGAUCGCCUCGAAUUCAUUUUCAAAGAAUCUAACAAGUUUAUCAUUCAAUCAAGGUUAUUCUAGAACCAUUUUACCCUCUGAUAUAAUACCACCAGAAUCAAUUACACAUUUACGUAUUAAUCAAGAUAUAAUUUCAAAGGGUUUCAUAUUUAAUUGUUAUUUUAAUAAAUUAAAAUCUCUAGAAUUAAUAGGUGUUGAUUCAAUUACACCCAAUUUAAUACCAUCUGGUUUAACAAUUUUAAAACUUCGAAAUUUUUAUGCUCCAUUUUCCUCUCUAGAUUUUUUACCACAAACCUUAACAUCGUUAACUUUGGAAAGAGUAAAUAGUGAAAUCACUUUUAAUAUUGGUGAUUUUCCAAACUCUUUAACUCAAUUGUCUUUGGGUGAUUAUUGUAAACCUUUGGAUUUCAAUAUUUUACCUCCAAAUUUAAAGACACUUUAUUUACCUUCAUGUGACAUAAAAUUAAAAAUUGAUAAUGGUGAAUUCAAUUCUUUACCUCCAACAAUGGAACAUAUUUAUUGCCAUAUGGGAAAUUAUAGUAUUUUAAAUAAUUUAGAUUUAACAAUAUUUUCAAAAUAUAUAAAAAUUAUAGCUAAUUAA